UUAGGAUAUUUUUAUUUACAAAGUCUUUAAAUUCACAUAGAAUGACACGUGUCAAAGAGCUCAAGAUUGUGGUUUGAGCACGAGCAUAAAAUGUUAAUGCCAAUCUUUCUCUAAUUGGAAAUAAACGAAAUUCCACAUCAGAAUCGUUGGCUUACUGGGAAUCAGAUUGUUUUUCUCUUUUGAAAUUCUGUUUCAGCUGUGAAAAACGAUUGAAAGAAAGAUUCAAGGAAGAAAGCGAUAGAUUUUACUGCAUUACAAUACAGAAAACUAUCAAUGGCAGGAGUUGCAGUGGCACCUCAACCGUCAUUUCCAGCGGCAGUUUCUUUGUAUGUGGGAGACCUUGCUGCAGAUAUAACGGAGAAGGAGCUUGCUGAAUUCUUUGGAAAGAUAGGCCUUCUGACAUCGGUUCGAGUCUGCCGGGACACCAUUACACAGCGCUCUCUGGGCUAUGGCUAUGUCAAUUUCAUUGAACCCGCCGACGCUACACGAGCCUUGGGGACUCUGAACUACACACCGCUCAAGGGUAAUCCCAUUCGAGUCAUGUGGUCUCACCGGGACCCUCUAACCAGAAAGAGUGGCAUUGGGAACAUUUUUAUCAAGAACCUGCAUGAAUCUAUUAGCCAUGUCAAUCUCCAUGAAAUCUUCAGCAAUUUCGGGAAUAUCUUGUCAUGUAAGGUGGUUAUGGAGGAUGGAAAAAGCAAGGGCUAUGGAUUUGUGCAUUUUGAAUCGGAAGAAGCUGCAGCUGCAGCAAUUGAGAAUGUUAAUGGAACUGAAAUACAGGGAAAGCAAGUAUAUGUUGGAAAGUUCAUAAAGAGGCAAGAAAGGUCUGGAUCAUUUGCUGAUCAAAAGUUUACCAAUUUGUAUAUCAAGAAUCUGGAAAAAGAUGUGACAGUGGAACUUUUGUCUGAGAAGUUCUCAACUUUUGGCAAAAUUACAAAUGUAGUUGUCAUGAAAGAUGAAAAUGGCAACUCAAAAGGUUUUGGUUUUGUUAACUUUGAAAAUCCAGAUGAUGCAAAAAAUGCAGUGGAAAGUAUGAAUGGUUUACAAUUGGCCUCUAAGACAAUAUAUGUAGGAAGGGCUCAAAAGAAGUCAGAGCGUGUGCAAAUGCUAAGGCGGCAAUUCGAAGAGAAACGUCAAGAACGCAUAUUAAAAUAUCAGGGGUCAAAUAUAUAUGUUAAAAACAUUGAUGAUAAAGUCGAUGAUGAGGAACUGCUUAAAUUAUUUGGUCAAUAUGGCACGAUCACUUCUUCAAAGAUAAUGCUGGAUGAUAAAGGACAGAGUAGAGGCUUUGGAUUUGUUUGCUUCUCAACUCCAGAAGAAGCAAACAAAGCUAUUGCAGAACUAUCUGGGUACAUGAUGCAUAGCAAACCACUUUAUGUAGCUAUUGCCCAGCGGAAGGAAGUUCGGCGUGUACAGUUGCAAGCACAAUGGCAAGCUCGCAUUGCGCAGCCAAUACCUGGCCUUUCUGGUCCUGGGGGAGCUGUUGUUCCUCCUGGAUAUGCAACUAUGUACUAUGCACCUCCUGGAGUUGUCUCACAAGUCCCUCAACAUCAAGGCAUCAUGUAUCCACCUAUGGGAGUACGAGCAGGAUGGAGGCCAAGGCCUGGAUUUCCACCCAUGACAAUUGCAGUGAUUCCAAACAAUCCUAGGCAGCAGAGGCCACCCAGGCCACGUGUCAGUGGUCCUGUGCUUCCUCAGCCAGGCCAACCCAUGACCUAUAUUCCUCCUUUGCAACAAAAGGCUCUGUCCCUAUCUUCAUACCAAGAUACAGCUGGAAAUCAACAGCGUCAAUGGCAGUCUGUAAAAUACAUGCCUAAUGUCCGACCACGUGAAAUGAACAAUUCGACACAGAUGUCAGCUCCAACAACAGGUUUUAUAACUCAAACAAUGAUGAAUGGAUCUACAUCUUUUGUUGGAGCAAGCCCUGCACCAAUUGCUAAUCAAGGAGUAGAGAGUUUGAGCAGUGUGCUAGCUGCUGCACCACCAGAUAUACAAAAGCAGAUGCUUGGAGAGCAUUUGUUUCCUCUGGUUCAACAGCAUCAGUUUGAACUGGCAGGAAAAAUUACUGGCAUGCUGUUGGACAUGGACAAUACUGAGUUGCUGCUUCUGUUGGAGUCCCCAGAUUCAUUGCUUGCAAAGGUGAAUGAAGCUGUCCGUGUUCUCAACAUGUCCAAGACCAAAAUGUCAGUUCAGGAUGCCAACGCAGGAAAUUUCAUGGCUAGUGAGAUUGCAGUCAACUGAUACAUUUUGGCCUUAAAGUAAUCUGUGAUAAUUUUUGCUAGGACAUUUAUACGGCGUUCUGCAUAUACCUAAUUGUUGAGCAAGGAGAAUUGAUAAGUGUCUGGAAUAUAAAUUAGUGUGUCGUUAGUAGGUUACUGAAGAUUCGUCUAUUUUUUUUGUAAGAUUGUUCAUUUGCCGAAUUCAUUGAUUGAUUUUGAGUUAAUCUUAUGUUAAAUUCAAAUGUGUUGUUUUCUUCAUGUAAACAUGGCAUUGUAAUUACUGAUAUCAAGCCGAAUUCAAGUUUUAUGUA